CAAAAAUUUAUUUGCAAAAAAAAAACGAAACCGGAAAAAGUUUCAUAUACAGAAAUUGUAUAAAAUUGUUAUAAAUGUCUAUUGCUAGGCUGGCCAGCAUAAUCGACAAUUAUUCGUAGCACCGGCCACACAACUUUCAGUUUUGGGAAAUGUCGAUUUUAGGGAGUGGAGGUGGUGGCAGUGGAAGCAGUGGCGGCGGCAGCGGCAUCAGCGUCUCGGCUGGCGAUUGGAUUUGCCCAGAUAUUGAUUGUCGCCAUUUGAACUUUGCGCGUCGCCUACAAUGCAACAAAUGCAAUCGGGAACGUGAAAAUAUCAACAAUGAGAAACUCGACAGAGAUCGAGAUCGAGACCGAGGCAAYGGCAGUAGCGGCAGCAGCAGCAGUUCUUCCAAAAAGAAACUGGGCACAGAGAUUGGAAAAGUAGCCGCAGACAAAUCACGAGGACUAUUCAGCGCAGAGGAUUGGCAGUGCAGCAAGUGUGCAAAUGUGAAUUGGGCGCGACGGCAGACUUGCAACAUGUGCAACGCGCCCAAAUUCACAGAUGUGGAGGAGCGUACAGGCUUCGGUGGAGGCUAUAAUGAUCGUGGCGUUGUUGAGUACAAGGAACGUGAGGAUUCGGACAGCGAAUAUGAUGAAUUUGGACGGCGCAAGAAGCGCAAAAAUAAUGAUAGGGGUGGCGAUGAGGAUAGUCGCAACAGAGGCAGAGAUGAGCCGAAACGUGCACGACGCAGUGAUAUUGAGGGUGAUGAGGAUGAGGAGGAGGACGAUGAAGACGAUGAUGGAGACUUGUCCAAAUAUGAUCUGUGGGGCGACAAUGAGGUGAGCUCCAGCAAUGUGAAGAGCAAGGAAACAGACAACGGGACUAGCAACAACAGCAGCAGCGCCAAGGAGAAGCUAAUGCCAGGAACAACUGCCAGCAGUAAAAGGGCAUCACGUGCAUCCACCUCGUCCAUUUCCUCAUCAUCCUCAACCAGUUCGUCCAGUUCCAGUGACUCAUCGUCAACCUCCUCGUCGAGUAGCUCUAGCAGCAGCAACGCUUCCAAUAGCAAGCGUGACCGGAAACGUUCAGAUGGACGUUCCCGCUAGGGACGGGGAUCCACUCGAUUCGAAUCUCCGUUGGAAGAGAAUUAAUCUUGUUUUUUCUUCACUUUAUUGUGAAAGCUAACAAUUGUUUAUUUAUUUUUCUAAGCCUGCGCCACUCACCCAUGACAUGUAUUUGAGCUCCCCCACUUCAAACCCUCU